UUUGUGUGUGUUUUGGUCAACUUUUACGCAUUUGGAGUGUCCACGGAGCAUUUUGGGCUGCGCUCCCCCGCCAGCCCGUGCGCUGAUGGCUGGGAAACCCCGUGGACGCGGCAGUGCUUUUUCAGACGAUGUCAUGGAUGAUGAGGACGAUCGCCAGCUGCUGGAUAUUUUGGGAGAUGUAGAUGCGUUAAAUGAUUAUCUCCACGGCAGCAACAGUAAAUCAAUCGGAGAGGAGGAUGUGACCAACGCGGCAUACGGCUCGGACAGUUCCUUCUUUUCUACAGACACACCCGUCUCAAACCCAGGUCUUAAAGAUGUCUCGGACUUUAGCGUGGACUCCUCUCUCCAGCCUCUGUCCGGGAGUCUGUCGUUUAUCGAGGACGAGCUGGGAUCCCCUCAGUCUCCUACAGGGGGCGACGACCAGCCCUUCGACAUCCUGCAGAAGUCUCUCCUGGAGGCCGACAUCACGGAGCAAACCCUGGCCCAGGAAGCUCUCCUCGAAUCCCAACCUGCUCCGAGUUUAGUCCAGCCCCCGGUCACUUUCCCCUCCAUCGUUCCCGGGAAUAUCGGCGGCACUGUUGGCGUAGUGACCCCCGCGGGACAGUUUAUCCAAGGCGUCUCGCAGUUACCGAAUGGCGCGGCUCCACACAUACAAGUUUUGGGAUCGUUCGGAACGACUGGUGGAGUUAUGACUUUGAGCAAUCUCGAACGAACUCCUCAAAUUGUGCUCAGACCGCCUUUAGCGACCUCCACAACUGGACAGCAAGUUUUAGCUCCAACGCAAGCUCAAGUCGGUGGGUUUAAAAACAUCCCGCUGCAGAAUAUCAUCAUCCAGAGAGGACCAGGCGGGACCCAGGCGCUGGUGAGGCCGAUCCAGCCCAAGCCUCUCCAAACUGGGGCGCAGACGGUGUACAGCGUGGGUCUGCAGCCGGCUACCUCCACAGCUAACGUCGCUAAUGGAUCUAUUGUAGUGCAGUCAAAUCUGGACCAGGCUAACGCCGCUACGCCCGGGCAGUUCAUCCUCCCCGGGUCGUUAGCGCUAACCCAAGCUACAACGAUACAGAAUGGACCCACAGAUGCUAACGCUAACACGCUAAUAGCGAACCAGAACGCUGUGCAGAUCGUUGCCGGGCAGAGUUUCACGGCGACGGCGGGAGGGCAGCUCAUCUUGAAUCAGGUGGGCGGAGUUUCCAGUGCCACGCCCGCCUCCGUACAGACCGCGUCCGCACCGGGGCGGAUCACGCUGGUCGCCGGGCAGAACCAAUUGUCCGGGAGCCCGGUGCAGCGCCUCCUGGUGACGCAAACGCCAAACUGCACAUCACUGUCGCCUUUGCCUUCAGCCGUGACACAAGAGCAGAGCUCUGUGUCUCCGGUCUUGAAACUCACUCCCAUUCACACCACAAAAAGCAUCACUGUAGAUUCAACGCUAAACUCUCAGGUUGGACUCCAGCGGCCGACGCCUCUCACUCGAGGAGGAAUGGUCCUGCAGCAGGUGAGGCAGGAUCACCUGGGCGUCCUGAGUCCGGACAAAACCCGGUUCAGUUCUUUUGAGGACGUCCUGAACAGGCUGCUGCCAUACAACGUGUUCCAGGGGGCGCCACCGAGCUCAGACGAGUUCUCACAAGUGGACGAGGAGUUUGGGCUCGUUGCAGCUCAGGUGUUGAAUAAAACUGAAGCCAUGGUGGACAAGUACAGGAAGCUGCUGAUGGUGGAGGCCGAGAGGUCGAGCCCUUCGUCUGAAAUCGUGAUGAUCGACCGGACGUUUAACCAGGAGGAACGCGGCGGCCUCACGCAGGACAAACGCAACGUGCUGCUGGACCCAGACGGUUUCCUGGAGGACUUCUGCUGCGGCGUUCGAUCCAGCCUGUUCUCCACUCCCCCGCCUCCUCCCGCCGCCCCCGAGCCCACACACGAGCACUCUUUUUCGGACUCGCUCUCCCCGGACUCCCCCUCCUCUCUCAGGACAGACCCACUGCAGCCUCCCUACUCCGACCCGGGCGGCGGAGGAGGAGGCGGAGGUGGAGGAGGAGGAGGCGGCGGCGGCGAAGAAGAAGUUGGAGGAGGUCACAGCCACAAACGCCACAAAAACGAUUUAAAACUCAAAUUUCACGCGUCGUCUUUCUCCCCUGGACAUUUCGUUUCUUCAAAUCCGAGUUUUUCUUCCCCGACGCAGAACGAAUCGGACUCGGCUCUGGAGGCGGCCGUCAACAGCAUCUUAGAAUGUUAAAGACGCACUCACUACACGACCUUUUACGUUUCUUAGCCCACGUUUCUGUUUAUACACUGCGUAACUUUUCUGGAGGCGGGUCUGACGCCGGCUCGACCCCGCGGAGAUGCUAUUGCUUCGCCUGAAAUGUUCCACAGUAUGGCAUUAAACGCACCUGAGCUUGAGUAAACCUUAAAGUGCCCGCAUUGCACUAUUUUACAUUAUGAUCUAAGUUAUAAUGUUGUUUUCUCAUCUUUUUGUUUCGUUCACACACGUUUUAACACAAAAACACUUCAUCUCUCAAACAGAAAACACUCCUGUUCCACCUUGUGAUGUCACGUGGUAAAACACUAAUAUGUAACUCGGUGGCGUCGCUGCCUGUCUACAAGUUUAAUGCCACACCUUGGAACAUUCCAGCCCAAAUAAUAACGUCUCCGCCUUUUAACAAACUGUAUUUUCCGGAGUAUAAGUCGCACCGGCCAAAAAAAUGCAUAAUAAUAAAGAAAAAAACAAACAUAUUUCACAUCUGAGUAUACAAAAGUGCGACUUAUAGACUGGAAAAUACGGUACAUUUAAUUACACUGUAAAAGCUGCCAUGGUUUAUAUAUUUAAAGGUCUUAUAUUUCACAAAAUGGACUCUUGUAGCUUUAAGUCGUGUUAUAAUGUUGUUACGUCCUCACAAACAGACCUGGAGUUGCGUUUUGUUUCAUCCACACGUUUGAGUCACACUUUAUUAUUCGUCUGUCUACAUCUACAAAGCCCAAAAUGCACCGUUCCACCUUGUGAUGUCAUCAAGUGGUAGUUUUCAAAUUAGCAUCUGCCUUUUUGACCUUUUAGUUUAGUAGAGAUCGGCAAUUCCAGGGUGUAAAUGAUCCAAAUGAUUCUAGUGAAGGUGUGUGGAGUUUAAAAACGCAGCGGAGCACUUCCUGUAUCACCACAUGAUGACAUCACAAGGUGGAACGAAGUGUUUUCUGUUUGAGGGAAGAACCUAAAUCUGCAGGUUUGUCUGUGUGAAUAAAACAAAACACAAACCCAGGUCUGUUUGUGACGAGGAAACGACAUUAAAACAGAACAGAAAACAGUAAAAUGGGCAUUUUAAAGUGCACGAGGUAACUUUUCUGCUUGUUGCCAUGGAGAUUUAUUUUUUUUUUUAGCUUUGCCUGGAAUGUUCCGCUGUUCGGCAUUAUAUUUAUCCAUCUGUGUUUAUGGAUUAAAAAAAAAAGCCUUCUAAACAUUAAUUCUUGCUGUGAGUGGACUCGCCUCUCCACAGAUCUGAUCACGUAACUCUGCCUAGUUCACGUCUGUUAAGUUUAAAUCCACACGUGUCAAAGCAAAAGCAAAUAACACCUCCAUGGAAACAUCCAGGCAACAUAAAGAAAAUCAGGAAAGUUACGUAGUGGAGCUUUAAGUACAAUAUUUCUUUUUUGUUUUUUUUUGUUUUGCCGACUGUCCAAUUUUGAAAAUAUUUGAUUGACGAAAGGCUCCAGGUCUCUCCAAUCUGCCAUUUUUCUAUGUAGCAUUUAAUUUAGUAUUUUUAUUUUAUUUUUUUAUUAUUUUGUUUGUUUGUUUUUUUCAUUUUUUUUUUUUACCAAAGUGCCACGUCAACUCUGGCACUUAACCUGAGAAAAGAUGGGACCGUGUGCAAUGAAGGCGGACAUUUUGUUUUUUGGGG